AUGCGAUUAUGGACAUUUUUUUUAUUGACUUGUAUGAUAUGUUUGACUGGCGUAAGUAAUAACUUUUGUAACUCGAUAUUUAAAUACGCAUUAAAAUGACUACUUUUAUAUUAUUAUUAACAAUGCAUGUACAAUGAAGGUAUUCACAGCUCCAAUUGUAAAGAGAAAUAUAACAAAUUCGGUGAGUGCUAAUUAUUUUAAAAUUAUAAAUUUACAAAAUAUAAUUUCACUUGUUAUAAUAAGGCGUAAUUCUUUGUGUAGCGUUUAAAACAACUGUGAUUUAUCAAAUAGUAUUUCAAGUACGAUUUAUUGAGUCUUGGUUAGUUUAUAACUACCUAUUUUAAGAAUAAAUAAAUUCCUUAUUUACUAUAAAUAAGUAUUUGAAACCAUAUUCGUGUAAAAGUCUGAAUAAUAUGAUGCUAAAUUUUGUGUUUUGUUUUUUAGUUGAAUCACUUGACACUUAAAAUAGAAAAUAGAUGCCAAUUUUUCGGAUAAGUACCUUUAUUUAUCUAUAGUCCACGCAAAAUAGCUUUAAUUACCUACUGGCCGGUCGUAUACACACACAUAUGCGCUCACAGUCAGAUUAACUUAAAAAUUUACUAUCGAGUGUAAUGUAAUAAAUGCGAAUGUGAUUUACGUUCGCCGUUGUCUUUUAGAUUCAGAUUGUAGCGAGUGAUCUAUUGAUUUUACUAUGAUGUAUGUUUUUUUUUAAAUUUUUGUUAAGCGAAUUUUUGAAAAGAAAACUUACUCUGCUAGUCCGGUGUAUCAAAUGUAUCACCAUUUCUGAAAUAGACAUUUUUUGAUUUGAUCAGAAUUGUUUUUUUUAUAUUAGCUAUGGUUUACCGUUGAUUACAGAUGUAAAUUAAAUAACCCAAUGUAUCCUACCUACCCAACUUUCCAUCAACAACGGUCGCACACCCAUCAGUUGUAUAUGUUUUUUUAUCGUUGUUAACCCAUCUAUUUGUGCACACGUUACACUAACAUCAAAAACGAAUCGUUAAUGGCAUUGCGUUAGUGGUAUUUAUUUUUCUGUUUAUUGUUGUUGUAACGCAUGUUGUUGUUUUUAUUGGGUUAGAAAAGCCAGAUAUUGUUACCAAUUAUUAUCAUCCAGUCUUCUCUCUUUGUGAAUUGUGAGUAAAUUAUUUCAUUAUAUCAGUGUGUUAUGAGUGGUUUAUUAGAGUAAUUUGACUUUAGUUUUUGUUGUGUUUGUAUGUUAUAUUUUUUGUGAAGUCACUUCUCAACGAGUGAUAGUGUCGUUAGCGGUGGGAUGUGAGUCACCUACCAAUUCAGUUAUUAGUAAAAAUAUAAUCAUUUAAGUAAUCAUUAGUCAGAUUGGUUUUAUAAUUCACUUCAGCACCAGUCAAGUACGUACUGGUUAAUAAAAGCGAAUGGUCUUCCCUCACCGACAAUACUAUGAACUAUCUGAAACGGGCGCGCUGUAAUGAUAACAACACUGUAGAUAUAGGACAUAUUAUACUCCUUUUUAUUUUUAUGAAACUUAUUGUUUAAGUUUUGACGUUAAAAGUUUUUUUUUAAAAAGUAUUUAAUAUAGUCUUAUGGAUAUUUUUAUGUGUACUAUGACACACGGUGUAUAUGUACACUACGAUAAAUAAAAAUGUGUAUUGUAAUAUAUUGUAAAAUAGGUACGCGAUAAUAUUAUUACCUAUUGGCUACUAUUAUUAAUAUUAUGUUAUAAUACUGCUUUUUUUAAGGAAGAAUGCCGUAAAUCAAAAAAAAAAAAAAAUGAAAUAAUAACAAAAUUCUUUCUUAGGUGUAUUAUAUCCAGUGACUGCGCUAGGUUUUGCGGUGCCCUGAACAAUGCUUUAGUAAAACUAAUAAUUCUAUAUCUAUAUAAUAAUAUACCACGGGAUCCAUCAAAACCAAAACAAAUAUGGGGUUCUGGACUUAUACCUACUAAUUUUACACAUUUUUCGUAGUUAAAAAUAUCGUAAUUAUGAUUAUAAUAUGUUCCGAAAUUUGUUCCCACAAGAAAAUAAGAUUGCCGCAAUUCGAAUUAAACAUAAUUGAUGGUUAGCAAAAAUAAUAAAAUAAAUAAUUAAAUUAAAUUAAAUAAAUUAAUAAAUAAAAUCACAAUUUGCUGAGAAAGAUUGGCCGCAUGUUUUAUCUUAAAUACGGCGUUUUUACUUAACACAUACUUUUAAUUUAUGUUUACGAGAUUUUUGUUUAAGAAACUAGCCGUGAUGUAUUAUGCGAGUACAUCAUGGUUUUCCUCGUACCUUGACAGAAAUACAUACACUUCGAAGCUAAAUUUCUAAAUAAAUAUUCAUAUUUAUUUGUAUUUUUUAGUCAUGAUAUAACUCUUAAUCACUGCUGUAAUCGUAAAAAUGCAGAAGAUGUAUUACAACGGAAUAUAUAUAAGUAGUAUAAUACAUAUGCAUUUCGUGUACAAAUUAAAAUAAAAACAAACAUAUUUUUAUUUUAUAAUAGUUUUAUAAUUUUUAUAAAUUAUUUGUUUUACAGUAGUGAUUUAUUUCAUCGUUAGUCUUAGUUUUUGAAUUCACCAAAAAUGAUGAUAAUAAUAAAUAAAUAAUUUUAUAUUAAUUUUCCCGAUUUUAACAGGGAGUAUACUCCGACUUUUUGCCAUUUUUUUCCCAUUUACAAUGAUAGUACUUUUUCUAAAAAUAAAUCUGACCGGGAAGGUACUUUAGGGAGGUCAUUUUUCGAUUUUCCCAAAACUUUUCCAGCAAAUAUGAACAACCGAGAAAAAACACGGGGAAAUUGGGAAAAACGUAUGAAAAACGGGAAAAUCGGUACAUUAAACAAAUAUUAUUAAAGGAAAUAUACAAUGUCUAUUUAAUUAUUUUACCAUAAUAUGACAUUCAUAUUGUUGACGAAUCACUAUCAAAUGAACUCCGCUCAGAAUCGUUUUUUCGUUAGAAAUGGUUAAUAUUUGCGUACAGAUAUACAUUAAAUUUCCUAUCUAUUACUUUCUCUACUUCUUGCCUACAAUAGUGCAUUCACGAGCGAAGUAUGUUCGUCAUUUUUUUCGUUUAUUAUUAGACGAAACCUUAUAGAUCUAAAAGUAAUAAAUACAUUUUUUCAUUUUGUACUAUAUUACUGUGAUUUCGUACUGUACUAAAUAUAGUGUUAUAUUGUACAUUAUUUUACGUCCUGGCAUUGCCCCUAACCUCCCUUCUGAGCACGUCACUACCACCACAUCAUAAUUAAUAAUGCCUGUUAAUUUAAUGAUUGACUUAAACAUUGUUUUAAUAAAUAUUAUUUGUAAAUUACAGUUUAUACAAUUUGUUAAUUUAUUGAUUAAUCUAAAAAAAAAUAAAAUGUUUUCAUAUAUUAGCUAUGAUAAUUUUAUCAGUACGUCCAUUUUAGCUUAUUAAACUACAGCGCCCUUACAUUUGCUUUUGUUCGUGAAUAGUAAUCGUUAUAAAUUAGUAUUGCCUGUUGAGCAAAAAGUGAUAAUUACCGAUUCUCACCGUUCAUUUACUUAUAUCUGUAUUGUUUUUCGUGCUAUCUGUUUGCUGUGAUUUAUUUAUAUUUAAUUCUCGGAUUAAAAGGGCCAUUUUUGUUUAAUUCAUCCUAGUAAUACAGACAGUAAUGAGUGGAUAGGUGGAAUGACAAAAGAAGAUAUGAUAAAUGAUGAGCAUAUAAGAUGUAGCUUAGAUGUGGCUUCAAUAGUAGAUAGCAUGUGAGAAAAUAGACGGAGAUAGUUUGGGCGUGUCAUGGGGAGAGAGGAAUCUGAAGCAGUAAGAAUUGUAAUAAAAAUAAACGUUGGAAAAAAGAGAUGAAGAGGAAUAUUGAGAAGGAGAUGGUUUGAUGCGAUUGAGAAUGAUAAGUGCAUAGCUGGCGUAUGCAAAAUGUGAUAUCAGGUCAAGGGGAAGUUUCGAACGAGAGUGGCUGACUUGUGGGAGUAAGGCGAAAGAGGAGAAGAAGAAUACAGACAGUAAUUACCGCAUUCUGAGUUACUAUUUAUUUAAUUAUCCUAUUUUGUUAAGUAAUUAAGCUACACACCUAUAGUUGUACAAACUAAUACAUGCACCACACACUAGACUCACUGGUUUUGUCCCAUGAAUCCCAUCACUUCCAGUUGAGCAUAGUGUAGGUACACUGUACAGUAUACACACAUACAAAUUCCGGGCGGUAGGUAGUUAGCGUGUCAAGUAAAUGGUGUCCUGGUAAAGCGUAUUAGGACUAUACGUCCCUAGACCUCACAGCUAAUAAUAGAUUAUUCUUUAUGUAGUUUAAACAAAUUAAUAUAAUAAUAUGGUAUAAUAUCAUAAAUGAUAAUUUAUUUAAUGUCGAUGGACAACUAUUUGUUCAAUAAUAUUUUGGUUAAAUCAACCAAUCCUGAAUAUGUUAUUGUCAAGAUAAAAAUACGAUUUUUUUAAAAUAUACACCAUACAUUACAUAUUAUCCAUGAGACAACUUAUAUAUGUAGUAUUUAACACCCAAAUAAAUAAAUAAUUUGAUUUGAUUUUAAGUUUAGAGUUUUAACAUUUUUUUUUUUUUUUUACGGCAAAAUAUAAAAAUGCAAUUGUUUUAAAUUAAUGUUGUGACAGAAAUGUUGCUUUUGAAAUGAUUCAUGAGCGUGUUGAGGUCUGUUCCAUUAGCACUCUGAAUAUGGAAUUUGGAAUUUUUGAGUCAAUAGACCUAUUAUAUAAAAAGUGGAUAGCUGAUACAAUGUUAUAUUAGUACCACCGCAGUAAGCAUGGGUUCUGAGUGCUGUAAAAAUUCGGAAUUUGUGAUUAGAAAUAUAUACAAAUAGAAUACAAAUCAUUAAUAAAUUUUUUUAAUGAAUUUCCAAAUUGGUAGUGAAUUAAUGUUUCAUCACAUAGAGAACUGUAAGGAUGAGGUUGGGGUGAUCAGUUUCGAUCCCUAGUGAGUAUACUUGGCAUUAUAAUCACCUGCAACAAUGAAUCUAGAACCCAAUGUAUGGAAAAAUUCAGCGAACUUAAUUUCAUCUGCACCUCCUUGCGGUGGGCAAUAAAUUGCAGCAAUGGUGAGAUCGUUAUUCCUGUCAUUAACGCUGACGCUUGUUGCUUGUAUAUGAUUUACAGAGUAUUUUUCGAAUUCAUAGUGCUUUAUGAACUAUUUUAUUAUUACAGUAGUACGACCCCGAGCUCUACCAUUAGGAUGAAUUGUCGUAUAUAUUUUGUAAUUCCUUAUCUUAAAAAAGGUUAUUAAGUUGUUAAGUAAAUUUUCGAAAUAAGGGAUAUGCCAAUGUUUUUACUGUGAAAAAGGUCUUCAAGUUCUUGUCUGCGCUGUACUAACCCAUUGGCGUUCAAUGCAAUGAUCUGCAGUGUACUGUUUAUUUCUUUAUUUUCUGCGAGGUAUUUUUGGACCUUGUCUGAUUUAUUUCCAGUUUGUCCAUUCUUGCUGUGAUAUUUGCUAGUGUCUGUGUUACGUUGGUUAACGUAACUAGAAUAUCAUUAAGAAUAUCAAUUAUUGAUUGUUCGUUUCCCUUUUGUUGAGAUGUUUUUGGGUCGAUUUUUUAAGUGCUAGCCAUCUGCGCGUAUGAAACAUUUGCUGUGACAGGUUUUUGCUGUAUUCUUUGCACAGCAGAGAUUUGUUUUGGGUGUGCUCUUUCCAUUGCUUUCUUGUAAGCAGAGCAGAGCUACCUUUUCAGUUGGCUGUGUGAUUUUCACUACAGUUUGCACAUUUUGCUUUUGCCUUUUUUAGAUUUUGGGCAAUCUUUGGUUCUGUGUCCUUUACUACAUUUCACGCAUACAGUCGAUUUGUGACAGUAAUUUUGUGUGUGUUCGAGAGCUUGGCAGUUAUUACACUGCGGUACUUCUUUUUUUUACGUGGUGGUUCUAUUUUUAUUAUCUGAUGACAUAGUAGUUUUAUGUUGUAAAUGUCUUUAUUGUUCUCCCGUGGUUUUAAAUCUACAAAGAAUAAUGGUAACCAUAUAUAUGUUCACUCGCUGUUUUUGUUUUUAGGAUCAGAUUCUUUCUUGAUCUAAAUAUUGGUUAUUUUGCUUACUUCGUGGCCUUGGUUAUACAGUUCAUUGGUAGUUAUUCCCAUAUCGGAAUCAUGAUUUAUACCUCGUAAUACUACUCGAAAUGGUUUUCACUUUUUAAUUGAUACCGAUGGUAUUCAACUGUAUUUUCUUCUAAUAUUUUUAUUGUACUUCUGAAUUGACUUUCGCUUGUUGUUAAGAUUCUCGUCUCGUCAUUUGAUAAAACUUUGAAUUGUUGUUUGUUUCUUACCGGUUCUCCACACGUUAAUAAUUGUUUUAAUUUAUCAAAUUGUUUAACGCCUUUGAUAGUUAUUGGUAGAGGUUUAUAUAUUUUUUGAGUAUUAUCAUUAGUCGGGUUUUUGUUUCUAUCUUGUUCAACUUUUGAAGUUACGUUAACAUCUUUUGAUACUGAUAUGUUAGAAAUAGGGGUCGUUUUUUCUAAGUUGUUAUCUAUUUUUGUAAUUCAUUUUGACGAUUUAGCUGCCGGUACCAAUUCACUAUUUUUUAUUUUUAGUAGUUUUUGACUUGCUUGUAGUUCUGCUACUUGGCGGUGGAGUUGUUCAUUGGCGCGUUUUAAUUCGGUUAAAAUAUUUUUCAUUUUUGCGUAGGUCGGCAGAUCUGGUUGCAUAGGUCCGUCUAUGGCUGUGCGCGUCAUGCGCCGUUGCACGAGCAUAUGGCCUACUUAAUAUUGUUAUGUAGACACUUACCAAUUUCCGAUGAGCGUAGUAAGCAUUUUGAUGUAAUUAAAUAACUGAAAGAAAAAAAUAACGCGAAUGACGGCACUCGAAAGCGAGAACAUAUGUGUUGCUCGUUCAGCAAACAAAUCGCGACUAAUUAAUGAGACUUUAAUUUCAAAUAUCUGCGUAGUAAUAAAAAUAGUAUAAGCAAAUUAAUAAAAUAUAUUGCACCUAUGCAGUUUAAUGUUUAAUUGUUUUGUUGGAAUAUUUCUGCAUAAAGGUAUUAAAAAUGAUUUAACCGUUGUAGUUGUUCAAGUUGUCAUCUACUGUAAUUACUGGAUCCAUGGUAUUAGGAAGUAAAAUGGAAUAAUGUUUUGAUGGAUCAAAGAUAUAUAAAUCAUUAGUUUGAUCAUAAAAUACUUUUGUACUCGGUCAUAAACUCGCAGAACAUAAUACAAUACCGGGUUGAUUAGGUUAGGUUAUGCUAUGCAGGGUUGCAUAAACGACCAAUAACUGCUUAUCGAAACCAGAAACGUUAAUAUAGAAAUUAGUUCGACAAAGUGAUUGGAUGUAGCAGUAACGACUUUUAUCUUUUAUCGAUUCGACAAAUAAUUUUUUAUUGAACCGAUAAGUUGAAGGCCUGGUUGUGGUUCAAUAAGUAAUAAAAACAGUUCCAUAAUUUUAUUGAACUGAUAAUACAAUAUAUUUUUCACAAUUCUUUCUUACAACAAAAAUUUUGGUAUGUGUUAUCAUCGCGGAAUAUUAUUAUUAUUAUAUUAAUCUUUUCUUUUUAAGUUGCAUAAAUAAUUAAACAUAUAUAUUAACCAUGUAUCUAAAUACAUCAUAAUCACAAUUAUCUUCAUCAUCAAAUUCUGAUAAUGAAUAUAUGUUAGAAGUACUUAUUAAUCUUCCAAGACUAAAAUAUUUCGGGAUCGUUUCGAACUAUGUAAUAUUGUAAUCAAUUGAUAGAUUUAUGUUGACGACUAAAUUAUUAUUGUUAUUAUUAUUAAUUAUUAAUACCUAAUAUGGGUUGACAGUAAUAUUUGAAUUUUGGGAAUUUAUCUGGACUUAUUUUAUUAUUAUGUUGGUAUCACGGUUAUACUGUAUAAACUUUAUACUAUAAAGUUUUAUGCAACAAUACAAUGUACAUGCUUUUAUCGGUACAAUAAAGUUAUUUAUCUAAUGAUUUAUCGGUACAACAUCAUAGGUGGUGGAACUGUUUUUAUAGAUCGUUUAUGCAACUCGGUAAUAGUAUGUACAAGACACAUCAUCCACAGGUAUUUGUUGUUGUUAUUAUAGAGAUAUUAACUAGUUAAUGCAUAGACAACUUAUUAACAGUUAAUAUAUCUAUGAUAACAAUGACAAUUACCUGUGGAUGAUGUGUCUUGUAUAUACUAUUACCAAGUUGCAUAAACGAUCUAUAAAAACAGUUCGACAGGUUGUUAUACAGGAUUUUAAAUUUUAGUCAUGGUUUAUGGAAAAAACAAGAAAUUUAAGUUUUUCUUCCCGUGCCCUUCUUUUUGAUUAUCAAAUAAUAAUUUAAUUACUCAGCCAUAUUAUAGUAAUAUAAGUAUAAGAUAAUUUUACUUUUGGGCACGGUCCAUUAGUUAAUAUGCCUAUGGUUGCAUCAAUUUUUUUGUGUUUUCUAUUGUUAAACAUUUAACAUAUUGAUAAAUUAAUGGUUGAUAAAUGAAAGUUUUAACAUUUAUUAAAUUUCUGAGUAUUACUCAAUCUUUGAUUUAUAUUCAGGCUAUUAUCAAAAUAUUGGUUACCGAAUAAAUAGUGGAACUAUCGAAUCGUAAAUCGAUUUACGAAAUUAUAUUAGUUUGUAUUAUUAUUUAUUCAUAGGCAUACCUACAUGUUUGGGUGGGACCGUUUUCGGGCAAAAUUAACUUUUUCCUUUUCGGUCAAUGUUAAUUUUUGCCCAUUCUACAACCAUUCAGCAUUUUUCAAUGAUAUUUAUUUUGAAAAUAUUUAAUUAUGAUUUUAAAUUAAACAUUUAUACAAAGUUAUCCAAAUUUUUAAAAUUAAAUUUUCUUUCUUAAAUAAUAAUUAUCAUAUAUUUUAUAUUGUUGUGUAAAGAAAUAUUGUAUUUUACUGUAAAACUUUAAACACUUGAAUAAUUUUCGGUUUACAAAUAUUUAAUAAAUGCUUGUGCUUAUAUGUACAGUUUUAUUUAAAUUAAUUAAGCACUUGUUAACGUUUGAACGUCCAUUCCGUUCGCGAUAAUUUCCUUUGAAUUUUUUGACUAUAUAAGUCUUCUCCGCAAUUUCUCGUUCUCUAUUUUUUUUGUUAUUUUCGGAUCAGGAAUUUUAUUAUACGGGCGAACGUCGAUUUUUGACGUUAUUUUCGCUAGUAUACGUAUGUUUUCGACGAUUUAACGUCCGGUGAGUAUUUAUUUUAUUUCACUGUCACACCAGAGGCGCUGCGAGGGAGCUGCAAGAGAGUGCGAUUGUGUGUGUGGAUACAUUUUGAAUUUAAAUGUUUUAUACAUAUUUAGUUUUGAGCAUUUGUUAAAUAUUUUAUGUCUAAAUUGAACAUAUAUUUUAGCAAUAUUUGAAGAAUAUUUAAAAUUAUGUAUAAUGCAAAUAUCAAACUUUGAAAUGUUUGGAUUUGGAAUAUUUAUAAAAUAAAAAAUAAAUACAAUUAAAUUGUUUUAAAUAUAUAUUUUAAAAUAAAUAAAAAAUAUUUAUUAAUAUUUAUAAAAUAUUUACUUGCUAUGUGAGCAAUGACUGGUUUCGGCCAGUAAACUAUUUUGGUUACCAAUAUAAGAUUUGUAAUUUUAAAAAAAACCAAGUACACAUACAAUUUAAUUGUGUAACUUUUCUUUUCGAUAUGUAUGAUGUUUAAAAUUAAGACAAAUAUACGAAAAAAUUAAAAAUAUUACACAAUUAUUAGACUCGAUAUUCUGAUAAUUAGUAAAGAUUUUUUUUAUAAAUCGUUAAAACUAUUUUAUUUUUGUUUUUUUAUUGAAAAAUAUGAAAAUACAAUUUUCAACUUAUUUUGUUUUAGUAUAUCAUGUCUUUAUAAAAUCAACAUAUUAAAAUACUAAAUAAUUGUAUAAAUACAGAUUUAUAACCAGAUUCCAUUGGCGACUCAAACAGCAUACUGGCCGAAAAUGGUUAUUAUGAAAUAGCUGAAUAAUGAGACUGACCGAAAAGGGUCCCAUCCACAUAGUUAAUAUAAGUACUGUCUUGAGCAAAACCUUUUAAAAUUUAAUAUGAGGUAUUAAUAAAAAAAAAAAAAUUGACAUGUAUUAAAACUUCAAAUUUCAUAUAACGGUCAUAGGGAGAUAUUUUCAUCAGUAGAUUAUCAAGUAUUUCAAUGAAAAUAUGUGUGGUUGUUAAUUUAGACUAAAUAUACUGAUUAUGAGACCAAAAAUGACGAAGAUAUUAGAAAAAGUGAUCGUUUUUCAAAAGACGAUAAAGGAAUAUGGAGACAAAAUUAUAUUUCUGAAAGGAAAAGAAGAAAUAAUAUUAUUAAACAAAAUGAGCAAGGACGAAUCAAAAAAUAUGGAUUGUAUAGAAUUUUUCCAAUAUCAUUUUUUCAAGUAGGUAUAUGUUUAUAUGUAAAAAUAUUUAAUUUUCGACAUUUUAUAUUAUUAUUAGGGCUUGGAUUUAAACGUAAGUACAUAUUUAUUGAGUGAUUGGGUAUGUAGGAUAUGGAGGGAAAUUUAAUGUAUUUUUGCAUGCAAUGAUUAAUCAUUGUUAAUGAAUAACGAAACUGAUAGGAUUUCGGUUAUACAUGUUUAAAAAUACCGCAAUGUUUACGAUUUUUGUCAAAAUUUGAUAUUAAAAUUUGUAUAAAGUAAAAAACUACAUUAAAAUCAAUUUUUUAUCAAUACGAACAAUUUAAAAUCAACCUCCUGUUAAAUUAUCUUGCAGUCGGUUUGGUCUAAAAAUUUAAUCCUCGCAAAUUUAAAAUCGUAAAAACUCGCAAAGUUAAAAAUUAUUUAAAUAUGUCAAAAACGCUUCAAAUGUUUUGGACAUUUUACCACGUCUAUAAAAGGCAAAUAUAACUUUUAUCUAAAACAAAUUUAAAGUCUCUACUAAUAUUUUGAACUGAAUAAAAAUAAAAAAAAAAAAAAAAAAACUUAUUCAUAAUCUAGAUUUAAAAGGUAAAUGCAAUAAUAAGGAUCUUUAGUUGUUUUUUUUAUAAGAACAACAUUUAUAACAGGCAGUGUGUAAAUAGUAUUAUGAAAUGAAUAAAUAAAAACAUAAACAUCAUUAUAAAUCCAAUACAAUUUCUCAGAUUGUUCAGAAUCUAAAAUAAACAGAGUGUAAUAAAAUUUGUAUAGUCCAAAAUUUGAUUCGGAGUCUAAAAAAAUAUAAAAAGAAUAUGUAGUAGUAGACAAAUCAUAUGCUUAAUAGAAAAGUGAAAUUUAAAUUUAAAAUAUAUAUAUACAAUACAAAGUCUUCAGAAUCUGAGUGUUAGAUGAAUAAUGUUGUUUAUAUUGAUUAGCAAGUUAAUUGCCUGUGCCAUGUAAACGUGGUUAUAGUAACAGAAGAUUUAAAUAUGUUACAGUUUAAAAACAAUGUGAGAAGGCAAAAAAGGGAAUUUAAGAGCCAACUCAUUCCUCAAAAUAAAGUACCAGUCGCUCAUAAUUUAAAAUUAAAGGAAAUUGAAGAAAUUGAAAAUAAAAAUAAACAAUAUAAAGAAACAUCAAUAAAACAAAAUACACACGAUAAAUUUAUUAAAAUGUCAAAUUCAAAAUUGAACGAAAACGUAGAAAAAGCCCUUAGUUCUACAUCUCAAGAAUUAAUAGGGGAUAAUUCAAAUUAUAGCGAAAUUGAAGAAGCAAAGUUACAAGAUAUAAUGGAAAUUAUACAACCAAAACACAAUACAAUAUUUAAUACUAUAAAUAAAGAUAAAAACAAUAGUUUCCCAGAGAAUUCCAAAUCAAAAACUAUAAAUAUAUCUAAUAAUAAUCGUAAACCUGUGAUUGAGACAAAACAAAACGAUGUAAAAAGCACAUUUGAUCAAGCAAUAAACUCAAAAAAAAGGUGCAAAACAGAUACACCGGAUAAAGGUAAAACCGAAACUAAUGAAAGAGAGAAAUCCAAUGAAAAAAAAAAAAUUUCAGGACAAGAUAAAAAAACAUUGCAAUUACCUGAAAGAAAAAAAACUUUAGAAUAUCAAAAUAAACAAACUAAAACAGACAUCAAUCAAGGAAAAAUAAUUAAUAAAGAAAACACGCAGGAUGUAUCGAUGAGUUCAAAUUCUCCUGAAAAAUAUAAUGUUCCAAGCGAUGAAAAUCAAUUGGAUGAACUGAAGCUAAUAUUAAACGAGCCUGUUAAUUCUAAACGAAAUUUAAAAAUAAAUGAUUCCAAAAAAAUCACUUUAGAAUCGCACAAUAGUAAGGAAAACUAUCAAAAAAAGCCUAAAAAAGAACAGACCAGAAAAACUACAACAAAAAAAUGCAAAAGUGCCGAAAAUUUGAAUGAAAAAAACACAAAACAAAAAAAAAAAGAAAAUAUAACAAAAGAAAGUAAAAUAAAAAAGAGGACAGAUUCAAAGACCAAUUCUCUUGCACAAAACGGUAACAAGAAACAGGACGAAACAAAUAUUCAAGAUAAAAGAAAAAAAAAAAAUGACAAAACAAAACAAACUAAAGAUAAACAGAACAAAAAUCAAAAAAAUAGUAAACAAAGUGGAAAUUUAAAAAAAAACACAGGCCAGGGUAAAAAAAAAUUGCCUGUGGUUAAAACAGAAACAAAACUGAUAGAAAAAAAAAAAAAAAACACUAAUACAAAAAUAAAUGAAAAUCCCAAAGGGAUCAACAUACCACCGGAUUUAAAAGCACAGAGCUCUACAGAAGAUAGUAGCACAAGCAAUAAUGAAGACGAAACAAAUCUUAUAAAAGGUAUUAGGAACGACGAUAGAAGUAUCCAAGAGGAAGUGGACAAUUAUUUUAAAACAAAUAUGAAAACAUCCAUGAAGGAUCUACCUAGAAAUAUUCCCAGAAAUGCCAUAGAAGUUUCAAAAGACAGUACAAAAGAAUCGGAAAAAGUCCAAAAGGAAUAUAACACAGAUAAAAAUCAGAAAAAGAUCGAUUCAACAAAAAACGCAAAAACAAAUAGAAUGAAUUUAUCUCCUGAUUUAUUCACACAGAAAUCAGGGGAAGAUAGUGAAACCAGCACAACAAGAGACAAAAUCAAACCAAUUGUCAGUAAUGAAACAGACGUUAAAAGUAAUAGAAAAAAGAUAAAUAAUAAUAAAGAUCUGAAAAGUAAACUUGAAAAUAAAGAUACCAAAAACACAGAAAAAGAGGCAACUAAAAAAUCAAAUACGACUGAAAAAAUUUUGGGAUCCGUAAAUAAAGACAUGAGCACAGGACCCACAAAUCCAAAAAUUAAAACCGAAAUAAAAGAGAAACCGACUAAAAAAGAUAUUGGUAUAGAAAUUCCUGAAAAUGCCAAAAAAGUUCCUUUUAACACUAAAAAGGAAACAAACCAACUACCGAAAAGACCAAACACUGCAGCAAAGGAGAAAAAUAUCGAUUCAAAACAAAAGACGAAGCAGAAUAAAAAAAAUUUGACUCCAAAAGUAUCAAAAGAGGANUCGACAAUAAAAAGGAAUCAAACAAACUUCCGAAGGGACCAACAAUUACAGAAAAUGAGAAAAAGAUCGAUUCAAAACAAAAGACGAAGCCAAAUAAAAAAUUGUUGA